UCGACCUACACAGGAUAAUAACUGAACACGCUCACGGAAAUGUAUUGAUUCGAUAUCGGGUAGGCUGAAGUUGUUAUCUGAGAAUUCUUCUAGUUGUAAAUCACCUGUUUCAGUACAACACCUCAUCUUCCGUGAGUUAUCAACCCCCUUCCACUCCAUACGAUGUCAGCACCACCUCCUUACCCUGGGACCGACAAGCAGGGAGGACCCCCACCACCUCCUCCCCCAGGACAGGGCGUUCCCCCUCCCGCAGGAUAUCAGCCCAUGUAUGGACAACCGACAGCAAGCUACCAACCCGGUUAUCAACCGAUGAUGGGGCACGCAAGCGUGACUGUUGUUCAUCAGCCAGGAAUGUUGGUAACACAGCAGUUUAGGGAACAUGCUGUCCGCACUAAGUGCCCAGCCUGCCAGGCGGAAAUCCUCACAUCAACCUCCUACGAAACUGGAACAUUUGCUUGGGUUAUUGCCCUUGUAUUGUGCCUGUUUGGGUUGUGGCUGGGUUGUUGUCUGAUCCCUUUUUGUGUUGAUGGAUGCAAAGAUGUCGUCCACAGUUGUCCAAACUGUAGACAUACCAUCGGGAAGUUCAAUCGAAUGUAAAACAAGAGUCCGACCAACACGAAAUGACCACCAAACUAGAUUUCUAAUUGCCUUGUUAAAAAUGUUUUUUAACUUGAGAAACCCAUGAUGUGAUGUGAUUGUAAACUAUAGAUAUUUUUCAUGCCUUUUUUAUCACGACAAACAAAAAUACUAUUUGUGCCAUGGCGAGUGUCAGGUAGACUUUUUUUUUCUUUUUCGCACACACAUAUUGUCUGUAAAUUCUAAAGGCUACUAUGAGGCAGUCUUGAUCAGUAUAUUUUUUGUGUGUUUUGAAAGACCUCAUUGAUUUUGUAAAAUACAGUGAACCUUGUCUAAUUCAGACACCACUUGUUCCAAAGAAAUUGGCCGAAUUAGACAGCAUUCCGGAUUAGACUAUAUUUUGAAAUAGACAACAUCCUGAUUAGACAAUUUUUACUGUUAUACUUAAUCAAUAAAUUUUAAGGAAAACUGGUGAUCUGAUAAUUUAAAGAAAAAAGAUCACAACUUCUAAACUAGAUGAUUCAUUAUUUUGUAUAAUUAUACGUAUAUUUACAGUCUUAUCGAAUUUCAGAGAUACAAAUUAUUUAUUUUUGAUCAUAUAUUUUGUACACAUAUAAUUGUCUGUAUGUUUAAUAAUCAUGAAGAACAACACUAUCUCAGCAUAGACAUUGUAUAUACUGAAAACAUCAGUUUCUGUGAUUUUUUUUUUUACUGUACAUUGUACUUACUAUUUCUUCUAACAUGUAUAGGAAUGAUUUAGUACGCUAAUCAAUACAUCAAGUAUCAAUUUGGACGUUGUAGAAAAAUCAUUUUCUCAUCAUAACGUUAAGGAGAGGCCUGAAAUAGGCAUUUUGCUGGCUGUCCGCUCCUUUAGUUUUGGAGUAAAUAUCCUUUAUAUUAGAUAAAAUUUAGAAAGUUUUGACACAAGGUCAAUUCAAUUGUUAUACACAAAUAUGCUUUGUGAAAAGAAAAAAAAUGAUUUUUUGAUACAGAAAAAAACAAUAUUUAUAUAUAACCUGCUCUUUAAAACAAUAUCUUUUCACGUUGUUACUUUGUUGAA